AUGCUACUCGGAAGCAACCUCUUCCAACCACCGAAAGGGUUCCUCGGGUUCGCUCUCGUGGCAUGCGGAGCAGCCGGCAGCACGGAGUGCGCAACGCGAUUGAUUGAGGACGACAGGUGUUGACCAAUGAAAACGUCCGACGGAGGACUGGGUACCCUACAGUACCCCCCGACGUACCCUGGGUCUUCUUCCGAUCUUUGAGCAGUGCUAUAAUACAUCGCUUGAUUGUCAUGGUUCGAAAUCUCCCACCUGCUCUUGAGCGUUUUUUCAAUCGUGUACCGAUAGGUGCAGGGUGCAAGCACUACAGCAGUGUGACCACGAGCGGUUCUGCCUCCCGCCGUGGGCACAUCUCCGAGUGCUCGAGAACGCCAUUGUACAAGCUGUCGAAGCGGGAGCGAAAGGUCUUACCAGCAGCGGUAGCUGCGCACGAUUGGCUUCCGGGCGAGGCCAGGAGUGCCUGCGGUUGCUGACAAGCUACGCCCAACAACACCUACAAGCCGGAGAGUGGCGGCGGAUUCUGCGACUGGCGAUUGUGAAGGGCGACGAAGGGCCCAUUAGCGCCAUUCUUCAAGUCAGCCCAAAGCUCUUGUUACAGGCGGAGCGGCUUCAUUGUACGCGGGAUCGAAAGCGGCUGCAACGCAACGGACGCUUGCCUACGCACACCUCCUAAGUCUCGACGUCCAAGACGUGUCGUAGACUCCGGCCGCCUCUCUCUGCCGUGUGUGCGGGCUGUAGACUGUAGAAUUCAUCUGAUACGGGAACAUUUAAGUCUCAGUCAUCAUGCUCGUUUUACGAUAGCAUUGUGCCAUCAUAGCACAGUGGUCGUCUUCAUGUUCUUGGCUGAACGGCGACUCCUCUUUUAGGUUGAGGUAUGAUUGCAAGAGUUGGACUCUCAAACGCUUAAAAUUGAACGAGUCUGCCGCUGGAAACCCUAGGAAAAGGCACCACUACAUAGGCGACUCUCGUCCUUGUUAACGCUGAUGCUUUCAGAUUUCUGAUUGUUCUGACAGGGAGUUGGUGCCUCCUUCACUUCCAGCCUCGCGCCGGUUGGUAUAUGUAGCAAUCAUCGUCAUCAGCGCCGUUUGCUUUGUUGACGGCGCCUGCCAGCUGUACUGUCGGAACCGGGUUGUAUACAUACAAUCAAGCUAGCUGCGCGUGGAGACAUGCAUGACGUAGAAGCCACUGCGUUGUCACCCAACGUCUCAGUUUUGCUUCAGGAAACGCAGCGGAAUCGAAGUCAACGGUGGCGCUGGAAUAUCGUCCU